AUGGCAGCCUGCAACAGGAGAGGGCGCAAAGCGGAGGCGCAUCGACGGUGGGAGUCCGUGAGCAGCACCAUCGACAUCCCGUGCGGAGUGGUGCUCAAUGACGUGCCGGACGCAGCAGUCAAUAGCGUAGCACCUUCUUUCCAGGACAAACCCAGCAGCAGCACCAGCAGCGAGGCGCCCGCUCCCCGCGCUGCUCCUCCUCCUGCUCGCCAGCAGGAUGGUCACCCUGGUGAUGGUGCUGAUGGAAGCAGUGUUGUCAACAGUGGCGGUGUUGGUGUAGCUGGGCCUGCACACGAGCAGACCAGUGGCGGCGGCACCAUGUGGGAGGACGACGGCGACGACGACGACAAGGAGGUGUACAUCCCCACCGAGGAUAUUGGCGUGUUCAUGGCUACCUUGAUGGACGGGAUGAGGUCGGACGGGGCGCAGCUGGCGCAGUCCGCCAAGAGCGUCGUCGCGAACACUUAUCAGGUGGUCGUGCGCCCGUGGGAGGCCGUGACGCGCAUGGCGGCACCGUUCCUGCCGACCAACCCCCCCCACAUCCAGCCCUCGCGGGAGAACACCAGGCGCGGCCAAGAGCUCCUCGACAACGCCCUGGCCUUCCGCAUGCCGGGGGCUUUCGGCUCCGCCCGGCCCCGCCAAACAGGCGUCGCCGACGACAGGGUGGGUGCCGGAAAUGGAGGAGGGGGAGCUCUGCGGACGAUCGACGGCAACUCUCCUCCUCGCUCGACACCCCCCUCUUCGCCGUCGAGAGGGAGGAGUAGCCGUGCGGCGGUCGCCGGCGGCGGGGGCGACGCGCGAGCGGCGGGCGUGCGAAAGCGCGGCAGGGGGGCACAGAGGGGCAGGCUGGGCGCCGUCAAGCUGGACGCGACGCCGCCCAAGGAUGGCGGCAGCGGUAGCAGCAGGAGCGGGUGCGAGUUGCCUUCGGCGGCGAUAGAACCGGCGGCGGCUGCGGCGGCACCCCUACGAUCCUGUUCCCCGCCCGCCUCGCCGUCGCAAGAGUGUGGUGUGGGCGGCGGGCUGCUCCGUAAGCUAUCUCUGAGCAGUUCGCCGCCACGCCGUGGCCUAUCCUUCAAGAAUGUCCUGCCGUUCGGCGGCGGCGGCGGCGGCGGCGGUGAAAUGGGUAGUAGUAGUACACACCGUUGCCGCGCUGUCGCCAAGCCGGCAGCGGCGACGGGCGUGGGAGGAAAGAGAGCGGGCACCGGGGCCGACCCCCGCCGGCCACCCGCGGUUGUGACCGAGGGCUCUCGCAUCGAUCUGCGGGGGUUGGACAGGGCCAAGGGGGGCAACAACCCCCGCGCGUACCGGUGCAAGGACGGCUCGAUCGUUGUGCUCGGGCGCGAGAGGAUGCUCAGCGUUCUUCCGGAUGGCAGCAGCGGCGCCGAGAGCGGUAGCGGUGUCGACGGCGGCAACGGCGGCGGUGGCGGCGCUGGAAGCAGCGGCUUGGUGACAUGGGUGCUCAGGUACACGGAGCUGGAGAGCUGCAGCAUUAACGUCUCCGCUGGGAAGGACUCGGAGCAUGCCGUCGGGGAGGUGGUUGUCGAGGUCACGACCAGGCGAGUAUAUUUAUUCUUUGGUUGCGUGCGCGUUGUCUUCUCUCUUGGCGAGGCAGGAAGGCCAAAGACCGAAGCGAGCGGCACGGGCAGCAAGGCCGCCAGCACCAGCACCACUAACAAGUCCGGCCGGCGCAGCUUCUGCCUCACGAACCCGUCCGACUGCCUGGAGCUGCUUCGGUCCAUCCAACUCCGCUGGCAGCCUUCUUCCUCGCCUCCCUCUUCUUCUUCCGCCUCUUCAUCGUCCUCGGCUAGCGGCGCGGCGGGGAAGGAAAAACACCUCGCGAUGGACUCUGCUGUUCUUGGCGACGGUACGCCCUCGAGGGUGGGCGAUUCCGGCGGCACCGGCCACGCCUGCAGGGGAAAGGCAGGAGGGGAAGGAGGAGACAAUGACGACGACGGUGCUGACGACAAAAACAGCGACAGUCUGGGCGCCGUCACACCCCUUCGGGAGCUGAGAGAUGGAUCCGCUGCCGGCGGCUCCGGCGGGGGGGCGGGGGCCGGGAUUGUUUCUCCGUCAUCGCCGCCGCCCCCCGAGGCCUCGGUCGUGCUCUCGCCGCCGGGGUCGAGGAGCGAGGCGGGGAGCGUGGCAUCGUCUCCGUUUAGCGGAGUGAAGAGGGGAGUGAUUAUCUUGGAAUCCCCGGCAAAGGUGUUGCGGGACCGGCUCAAGGAGAGGCACGAGCAGCACGAGCGGGGCCUCAAGGAAGCCCUCGAGCAGCGGCGUAAGUCGAGCAAGGCGAGCCUAAUGCGGCGUCGAGAGCUGCGCCGGCGGAGCGUCUCCCAGAGCCCUUGCCGCAGCGGAUGCGGCGGUCUCAGUAGAGGUUUUGACGCCUCGCCCUUGCCGAUGAUACCUCCCUCGACGCUGCCGGAUGGUGCUGCGGCCCCCGAGGUUGAAGCGGCGGGGCCGAAGCAGCCAGACCUGUCCAAGUACAAGAACAUGAAGAAGGCUGGACUACCAGACGGCGCUAUCCGGCAGAAGAUGACGAUGGACGACCUGGCCUCCUACGUCGCCCUUGUCCUCGACCCUUCCUCUUCGUCUCCUGCCAUCCCUGCGGAAGCGAUGCCGCCACCACCGGCGCGAGCUGGAUCGGCAGCAAUAUCGGGAUCGGCGGCAGCGCGAGCAUCACCGCCCGUGCCGAAGACCCCGCCUGCUGCUGCUGCUGUCGCUGCUGCCAACGCGACCACGCCUUCCCCCGGUGGAAUACCCCCACCCCCACCCCUACCUCUCGCGUGCAAAAUCCCGCCGCCGCCGCCCAUGUCGGGAAUGCUCACCGUCCCGCCUCCUCUGCCCGUUGCCUUGGGUCGUGGGUGCAGCGACAAGUCGCUCCUGGGCCCGGGGCUACGGCUGGGGUCGGGCCCUCCCUGCAGCCUGCUCGACCCAAUCAGUAGCUGCCUUAGCGAAGGCGGAGGGUUUUUCGGAGGGCGGGCGGGGGGGUCGGUGCCGCCCCCCGCCCCCACGCCCACGCCGAGACGCACAUCGAAACCCCUGCUAAACUUUCACUGGGACGUGCUUCCCCCCGCGAAGAUCGAGCGCACGGUCUGGGCGAAGAGGAGGACGGCGGCGGCGGCGGCGGCCAUGGCCGGCGGAGGAGGAGAAGCGUGCGGGUCGCCGCGGACAACGCUGAGCGUAGACGACGCCGAGGUUGAAGAGCUGGAGAAACUGUUUUCAAAGAAAACGGCAAAGGCCGCGGCAGCGGCGGCGGCCGCCGCCUCGGGGCAGGGAGGGCGCCGGGUUACGCUAGGGGCAGGGACGGGCGGGCCAGGCCCGGGCGGUGCCUCUGUUGAGGGGAAGGGUCUCGGCUGCUCCUCCAGCGGUGGGCCUCGGGGUGGGGUGGGGCGCGGCGGCGGGGGCGGGGCAGGGGGUAAGGUAAAAAAGGUGAGCCUGCUGGACGUCAACCGCGGGAACAACGUAGCCAUCGGCCUGAAGGCUUUCCGCAGGGUCGGGGACGUGUCGGAGCUCGCGAAGCUUGUGUCCGGGCUGGACCCGAAGGAGGUCUUGACGACCGAGGAUUUGCAAAGGCUGGAGGGGUGCCUCCCCACGGCGCAGGAGCUGAGGACGGUGGUGGCCUUUUCGGGCCCGGCGGCCGCGCUGGGGUCCGCGGAGACCUUCUUCCGCGCGCUCAGGGACACCCCUCGGCCAGCCUCCAAGGUUUCAGCGGUGCUGUUCUCGAGGCAGUUCUUGGGGUCCGUGGCGGGGGACGCGGAAUCGAGGGUGGAAACGCUGAGGAUGGCCUGCGAGGAGGCGAUGGAAAGCGACCGGCUUGCUGCAGUGCUGGAGAAGGUGCUCGACAUCGGAAACCUCUUGAACGAAGGUACCUACCAGGGCAACGCCUGCGGCUUCCGCAUCUCGUCGCUCCUCAAGCUCAGCCACACCAAGUCCCACUCAGACAAGAAGACCACGGUGCUGCACUACAUGGUGAGGACCUUCGCCGCCAAAGAACGGGCCGCCGCCGCCACCGCCGCCGCCACAGCCGCCGCUUCUCCCUCCGCCCCCGGCGAGACCGUGAAGUCGAAAACGCCUCCUCGUUCGACCGCGGAGAAGCAGCGGAGUGUCGCGUGGCCUGGCGGAGCGCCGCCGGGGUGUCGCGGCAGCGGUGUGAGCGGUGGUGGGAUAAGAGCUUCUGGGGUGAGGCGAGAGGUGUCGGGGACAUCGUCGGGUGCGGCGUCUCCCGGGGCGGGGGCGUCCCAGCGCGGCGCGGUGACGCCCGGUCGGGGAGGGUCGACGGUUCGAGCGAACAGCGGUUAUCUUCUUCGUGCCGGCGGCAAGCGACGGGGUAGUUCGGCGGCGGCGGUGGAGCUAACGCGGGUCGAUGCGCUCGACCUCGAGUCCGAGCUGAAGCACGUGAGACAGGCGUCUAAGACUCCGGUGGGGGAGAUCAUGAUGGACGUGAGGCAGGCCAGGAAGGGGCUGAGGCAGGCCAAGGAGGAGCUCGACCGCACCCUCGUCGAGGAAGGGAAGGUGAAGGAGGAGACGAAGGGAGCAGGAGCUUCGGCUGCCGGCGGCGUUGCCGCUAAGGCAGCGGCGAGCAGGCCGUCUGGCGUCUCGAAGAGGUCUUGUUCUUCUUCUUUGUCCCCGGCGGCAAGGGGUUUGUCUUCGUCCUCCGUGUCAAGCGAAGGGGAGAUGGAGGGUGGCAGCUCCGCCGGUGUCCGCAAGCUGGCGGCCUUUGUGGAGGAGGCCGAGGCCCGGCUGUCGUCCAUCGAGGAGAGGGCGAGCGCGUGCGUCGGCCUCUGCAAGGGGCUCGGCGAAUUUUUCGGGGAAGGGGACGACGAGGCGCAGUCGACUCACAUCUUGCGGACCCUCGUUGACUUCAUGGAUCUCCUAGAAGAGGCGAAGAAAGUCGAGGGCCUUUGCUGAUUGUCAUCAGGGAUGGCCUUUGCUCCGCGGUUUCGUUUUGUUCUGCUGCUUUUGUCCUGCUUUUGACGACAUGUUGGCAACUGUUUUUGAAUUUUGUGGGAAGGAGGGACGAGGAAACGGGGCAUGCCCAUAUCCGCUGCGAUUCGUGAGCAUCGCUCUAUCUAGUGCAAACAGGGGUGGCAUGAUCGUCCCCGCACAUUCUUCCCGACCUCGCUUGGCCUCCAAGAUUCCUAGUGACCUUUUUUCUAUGCGCGUUUUGCUUCGACCAGCUUUCCUUCAUGUCGAAGGCGUUCCCUUGCUCUACCAGCGCUUUCUUUGGCUUCUUCCACCACUACUGUUAUCUCUGCGUUUUCCGGCUGGUUGUGAGAGUUUUGAACACCAGGGAAAUAUGUUCGCAUUGGGUGCUCAUAAGCUAGAAGCAACAGGGCAAGCCGACAGAGCAAGUGCGGAAUUGCGACUUCGAGGUCAGGAGCUACAGUAUCAGGAACAAAAUGUGCUUAUUUUUGACGACAUGCACCUGAACAUCGUCCAUCAGUGCGAGGAGGGAGCAUCAUAUGAAUGAUGGGUACUGCUGUUGAUGGGUUACCGUGUGUGCUUUUAUUAUAUAUUAGCAUCGACCGCGCUAACCGGCUGACCAAUGAAAAACGUCAGUCUCAGUGCGGUUGAAGUUUUUUGCCGUGUGUGUGCGUUGAUUCUGUUUCCUGUGUGGUUUGCAGUCAGCAAACAACAGUAUGGGUACAGCAAGUUGUACCUCGUUGAUGGUUGAUCCUAUUUUUUUUGGUUCUACUGCUGUCGACGACAUGUUGCGUUCCGGGUACGAACUCUCGAACUCGUCAUCUCGUCUUAUGUGACGAGUCAUGCGUGAUGGUCACGGAAUACAGACUUAAACAUAAGCUAGUCGGCAAAAAACGGCCUCAUUGUUCGCAUGAGUGAACGUCGAACAGCGCAUGUCGUUUAGAGGUGCUCUGUUUGACCCAGCAGCGAUACACAUUUGUAAAAUGGCCAACAGUAGUGCUAGAUAGCGUCGUUGAGUAUGGAUGUCGUUUGUGCCCGAAUUUAUAACCGAGUCCUAUCUUGGUAGUACUGUGCGUACUGCUGAAGCAUUUGUUUUUCAUCUUUGACUUGAUUUCGAAACGAGGCGGAGGGAGUUGAGCCUGGACUGGACAGGAAGGCGUGACAAGGGCGGAGCCCAAUAAUGAGGGUGCUUUUUGCCAGCUUAGAAGCUUAGACAGGGCCCAAUUGUGAUUGAAACUGGGAACUAACUGCUGUUGAUGGGUUGGUGCCAUUCACAAAUUGACUUUGCCGCCCAAUAUGUUUGG